GGAAAAGAGGAGAGGGAGGGGGCAGGACAGGAGGGGGGUUGCGACAACAAAAAAAAAGUCGAUUUACCUGUACACCAACUUCUGGCAACUCGCUCCCUCUUAUCACCUGCUCCGACUUGAAAGUCCAGUUCCACCAGGCAGAAGCGUAGAGGAGGCGAAAUAUGUCACAGGAGGGAGACAACAAGCGUCUGGUGGUGGUGGUACCCAACGAGAACUCCUUCCCGACGGUGCGGCGGGCCUACACCAGCGAGGAUGAGGCGUGGCGGACGUACCUGGAGAACCCGCUGACGGCCGCCACCAAGGCCAUGAUGAGCAUCAACGGCGACGAGGACAGCGCCAACGCCCUGGGCCUUCUCUACGACUACUACAAGGUCCCCAAAGAUAAGAGAGUCCUAUCUGCUUCCAAAGUUGUAGAAAUAACAGACGAACAGGAAAAAAGGACUACUUUGCCUAGCGGUGGUGAUGUGCAGACCUUGGACAACCGCGUCCAGGUCCUCAAGACCGUCCCCGUCAACUUGUCGCUCAACACGGAGCAACCCGACGCCAAACGCGAGCAGUUUGCCGGGGAAGGAGGCGCGGCCUCUGUGGCCCUGGUGAAGGCAGAGGCGUACGCCCCGGUCUACAUGGCCGGCGCCGGACUGCACUACCGCACAGACGGGGAGGAGCCGGCAAGGGUGGUCUACGAGCAGGGCCCCUACGAGGUGACCACCGUCAGUCACAGCGCCUACGCGAAGGAGGACCAGCAGAGUCCGCCGGACAGCCCCUUUGACGAGGACAGGGACGCGGUGGGAAGACUGAUGAUUGUUUUUGUUAACGGAGUACAGGAUGCUUCAAAUAAGUACCACACGCCUUCUUCUCUAGCUUCAGACGACUUUUUAUUCCAGCAGGAGAGAGUUGACAGCUUCCAGUACACGCUGGACGCCACGCGCUCGCUGCGCCAGAAGCAGGGCGAGGGCCCCAUGACGUACCUGAACAAGGGCCAGUUCUACGCCGUGACGCUCAACGAGCUCAGCACCAACAAGCGCCUGCGUCACCCUAUUAGCAAAGUUCGGAGCGUGAUCAUGGUGGUGUUCAGCGAGGACAAGAACCGGGACGAGCAGCUUAAAUACUGGAAGUACUGGCACUCUCGGCAGCACACGGCCAAGCAGAGGGUCCUGGACAUUGCCGAUUACAAGGAGAGCUUCAACACGAUCGGCAACAUCGAGGAAAUCGCCUACAACGCCAUCUCCUUCACCUGGGACGUCAACGAAGAGGCCAAGAUCUUCAUCACGGUCAACUGCCUGAGCACGGACUUCUCGUCGCAGAAAGGCGUUAAGGGUCUUCCUCUGAUGAUCCAGAUAGACACGUACAGCUACAACAACCGCAGCAACAAGCCGCUGCACAGGGCCUACUCGCAGAUCAAGGUUUUCUGUGAUAAGGGAGCUGAGCGCAAGAUAAGAGACGAGGAGAGAAAACUGCUGCGCAAGAAGUCGAAAGGUAAAGAUGGAGGUGUGAUAACAGUCCCCAAAAAGUCAGACGUAACAUAUUUCAAGAUUAUGACUGACCUGGAAGCACAGCCCGUCCUCUUCAUUCCUGACGUCCACUUUGGCAACCUGCAGAGGGCCGGACAGGUGUUCACCUUCAACGCAGAGGAGAUUGAGCGAGAAGGGAGCGUGCUGGUGAAGAGGAUGUUCAGGCCGUCGGAUGAAGACUUGUGUCCGUCGCCGCAGAAACAGAUCAAGGAGGAGACGCACAAGAGAGUGUUGUUGUACGUCCGCAAAGAGACAGACGAGGUGUUUGACGCGUUGAUGCUCAAGUCUCCAACACUCCACGGCCUCACAGAUGCGAUAUCGGAGAAAUACGGAGUGGUGGCCGAAAAGAUCGCCAAAGUGUACAAGAAAAGCAAAAAAGGCAUCCUGGUCAACAUGGACGACAACAUCAUUGAGCAUUAUUCCAACGAGGACACCUUCAUCCUGCACAUGGAGAGCCACGCCGACGCCUACAAGGUGACGCUGACGGAGAUAUGACAGCAGGGAAAAAGGGGCAACCUCUUCCUGUAACAUCCAAAAAGACUGCCGGUGAUUGGCUGACACUGUGCUCUGGUGGGGAACUGUUACAUUGGUCCUGAAAGGCAGAAAUAACAAAGCACAGAUUCACGGAUCCACUCCAUUUCCACUCCUUUUGUUUUGACUGUAUAAAAUGUGUUAUUGUGUACAUACUUGAUUUGUAUUGCCCAUCAGGAGUGAGAGGAUGCCUGAUGAAAACUGUCUUUGCAAUAGUUUGAACUCAUUCCUAAUUAUCAGCUUAGUUUGUAUGUCUGCCUUUAUAUUUGUUUGGUUUUAUAGCUGUUUUAUUAUUUAUUGAUGCUUUGCAGUAUAUCCAUCGAUUUCAAGUUCUUCACAUUUCAGUGACUUAACAGGAAGUCAAGAGCCUUCCUGUGAAAAAAAAAAAAAAAAAAGCUUUUGUAUUGCAGAUUUGACCAUACACGUCACCACCAGUAUUGGCAAUUAACUCCAUGAAUACUUUUAACCAUCUUUUAAUGGCACUCACUUUUUCCUGGAUCUUAUGACCUAAUAAUAAACAGUGCAAUGGGUAAAAAAAACAACUAAACGUUUACAUUAUUGCACUUACACUAUCUGAUCUCAGGAAGCAAAAGAACGUCAGGAUGUUUACUCUGCUUCGUGUAUGUGUGCACUGGUUUUAAAGAUACCUUGACUUAAGAGUGCCCCAACUUGAGAGUGUUUUGAGAUAAGAGCUGUUUCUUGGCUAAUUGUUACGCUGUAAGUUGCGAGCAAAGAUUUGAGUUACGAGGCCACAGUGAACUCCG